UUGCUGUGUCAUAUCCUGGUGGUUUGGCCUUGACUUCUAGGAGGGUCUGAGGCUGCCUUUGCAGGGAUUCAAGGUCCUCUGAGCUUGGGGAGGUCUAGAGGCCACUAAAGGAGAUGUCCUGGGACCUGCUGGGCUGAAGGCACAACCUCUGACAUCAGGGCACAACCUGACGAGUCUGUUGCAUGAGAGGGUAUGUCUUCCACAGACCCUCAGUGGGCAGUUCUUUUGCUUCAAGGACUUCCCUAGGACUGACCUCCACUCCCAAGUUCUUAUGGAAAGACCCCUGGUCAGACUGACAGGAAUGUGCUCAUGCUGCAGAGCCUUUAUUUUGGUACGGAGGAUUGAACUCAGGGGCACUCAAUCACUGAGCCACAACCCCAGCCCUUUUUUUGUAUUUUAUUUAUUUUGCUUAGUGCCUUACUUUUGUCGAGGCUGUUUUUUUGCAGUCCUCCUGCCUCAGCCAGGUACAUGGAGGCCUAUAAAGCCCAGGAAUGUCCAGUGUGGGGUGGUAGAUGAGGACUGGUGGGAGACUACACUACCGAGCUGGGAUUACAGGUGUGUGCCACCAUGGCCGGUCUGCAGAGCCUUUGAGUCAUGAGGUGUGUGGGCUGCUGUGGACUGUGAACAGUCCAGGACUCUGUAUGGGAGAUCAUGCUGGGAGCUAGGAGAAGGGGUGCCCAGGAGGCCCCUCAAUAUCUCUAUGCAAGUUUGAUCCUGCUGAGCCUCCACAGGUGUGAUGUGUCCCCUCCCUGCCCGCUGUGUCCUGUGAAGCAGUGCCUACUCUGGCCAUGCUGCUGUCUGGGAGAUCCCCUGGCACCUAUGAGGCUGACCCUGGUGGCCAGGCACCUGCCUGGUACAGGGCCAGUGAGCCUGUGGCUAACAGUUACUGGUUAACUCAUCUCAUUCCUGUUUAAUUUGUUCCCUGGGGAUGGCAGCAGCUUCUGACCUGUCCAGGAACUCUCUCCAACUGGUCACAAGAACAGAGAGGGGUCCUGCUUAGCCAUCAGUGGACCAGUCUGCUUGGUUAAGGACCCCUGUGGAGCCAGGGGUCACACCAGUGCCCACCCUGCCCUGACGAGGCCCAGGCCAGAGCCAUGGCAGGUAGGUGGGUGAGAGAGGGACAGGCAUUGAGUCUUGACUCCCGCCUCCGGUCCUCAGGCUGGCUCCAGGCCAUGCCCUUCGCUCUCUACUGGGAUGCACACCCGGGGAGCAAAGGCCUCUGCUCUUCCAUCCCCCAGCCCUUGCCACUGAACCCAGGACAGGCAGUGAGGUUGAGCCUGAAGUCCUCACUGUCCACAGGCCACAGACCAGGUGCCUGGGGGCUAAGAGAUGGAAUUCCACUGGGAAACGCAUGGAUAUUCCUGUAAAGGCCAGGAAUAUCCAGUGUGGGGUGGUAGAUGAGGACUGGUGGGAGACGACACUACCGAGCUGAUGGAGUCUACUCCUCUGACCUCCUGCCAGGGCUCAUUACCCUGAAUCAAAGACCAGAGGGUCAAGGCCUUUAGGGAGGCAGGCGGGUUCCCAGCCCUUUCCAGUCCACACUUCCUGUCUCCUCCAGCAGGGGCAGGCCAGGAGUCUGUGACAGGGCCCCUGACUUCCUCUCCCCCUCUGAAGACCAGCUCCUGGGGCCUUCCCUGGGUAGUACAGUCACACUGAACUGCACAGCUUGGGUGGUCCCUGGGCCUUCUUGCCCACAGCCUUCAGUCCAGUGGCUGAAAGAUGGGCUUCCACUGGGCAAUGGAAGUGACUACGUCCUCCAUGAGGACUUCUGGGUCAAGGCCAACUUCUCAAAGAUGCUCGUAUCCAGUAUCCUGGGGCUCAACUUGACCAGCCAUGAGGACUAUGGGGCCUACACCUGCUCUGUCCAGAAUGUCAGCUCCUCUUCCUUCGUUCUCCAGAGAGUUGGCCCCGCAGGCCACGUAGCUGCGGUACUGGCCUCCCUCCUAGUCCUGCUGGCUCUGCUGUUGGCUGUGCUGCUCUACGUUAAGUGUCGCCUCCAUGUGCUACUUUGGUACCAAGACACUUACGGGGAGGUGGAGGUGAACGACGGGAAGCUCUACGACGCCUACGUCUCCUACAGCGACUGUCCCGAGGACCGCAAGUUUGUGAACUUCAUCCUGAAGCCGCAGCUGGAGCGUCGUCGCGGCUACAAGCUCUUCCUGGACGACCGCGACCUCCUGCCUCACGCGGAGCCCUCCGCGGACCUCCUGGUGAACCUGAGCCGCUGCCGCCGCCUCGUCGUGGUUCUCUCGGACGCCUUCCUGGGCCGGGCCUGGUGCAGCCACAGCUUCCGGGAGGGCCUGUGCCGACUGCUGGAGCUCACGCGCAGGCCCAUCUUCAUCACCUUCGAGGGCCAGAGGCGCGACCCCACGCACCCCGCGCUGCACCUGCUGCGCCAGCACCGCCACCUGGUGACCCUGCUGCUCUGGAGGCCCGGCUCUGUGACACCUUCCUCCGAUUUUUGGAAAGAGCUACAGCUGGCGCUGCCGCGGAAGGUGCAGUACAGGCCAGUGGAGGGAGACCCUCAGACCCGGCUACAGGAGGACAAGGACCCCAUGCUGAUCGUGCGAGGCCCUGUGGAGGGCGGGGCCCUGGAGCCUGAGCUGGACCCUGACCCUGAGGGAGACCUGGGUGUACAAGGACCUGUCUUUGGGGAGCCACCAGCUCCACUGCGUACAGGUGGUGUCUCACUGGGAGAGGGCCACGGCCAUGAGGUGGAUGUCUCGGACCUCGGCUCCCGAAACUAUAGUGCUCGCACAGACUUCUACUGCCUGGUGUCUGAGGAUGAUGUGUAGCCCUGGCCCCAGCCCGGAGCACAGGAUCUCAGGGGACAGCUGUGGGGCCGGGGCUGGCAGGUUUCUGCCAGGCAGGACCACAACCCCAGCCUGUAGCCCUGGGCCUCUCAGGGAAGGAAUGCCAGAAAAUAAAGCCCUUUGGCUUUUGCCUAGGCCU